AUGGAGUCGAUGCCCGGACGAGACCCCAGCUCUUCCCCGAGUAGAAAGCAGGACGCGUCGAGCUUCCCCAGCCCCCUCAAACCCAACCAAGUCAGCGAGACCGCCCUGUACGGGGUCCCCAUCGUAUGCCUGGUCAUCGACGGCAAGGAGAGACUCUGCCUGGCGCAGAUUUCCAACACCCUGCUGAAGAACUACAGCUACAACGAGAUCCACAACCGACGGGUGGCUUUGGGCAUCACCUGCGUCCAGUGCACCCCCGUCCAGCUGGAGCUCCUGCGACGCGCCGGGGCCAUGCCCAUCUCCUCCAGGCGCUGCGGGAUGAUCACCAAGAGGGAGGCCGAGAGGCUCUGCAAGUCCUUCCUGGGAGCCCACAGUCCUCCGAAGCUCCCUGAGAAUUUUGCAUUUGAUGUGACGCACGACUGCGCCUGGGGCUCCAGAGGCAGCUUCAUCCCGGCCAGAUACAACAGCUCCAGAGCCAAGUGCAUCAAGUGCAGCUUCUGCAACAUGUAUUUCUCCCCGAAUAAGUUCAUCUUCCACUCCCACCGCACCUCAGAGUCCAAGUACCUGCAGCCGGACGCGGCCAACUUCAACUCGUGGAGACGCCACCUGAAGCUGACGGACAAGAAGCAGUCGGAUGACAUCCAUCAUGCGUGGGAGGAUGUGAAGGCCAUGUUCAACGGGGGCAGCAGGAAGAGGACUCUGCCCAUGGGUGGCUCUGGGAUGUCCUCGUCCAUGAAAGCUCAUCCCUCGUCCAGCGUGGCCCGGACCAGCUCCCCUGAAGUCCCUCACAAAGCUUUACGCAGCGACGAGGAUCGGGGGAGCAGUAACCUGAGUCUGGGGAGCGGUGCUCGGACCUACCCAGUCAUCCCAGUGCCCAGCAAGAGCUUCAGCAUGCUCCAGAAGAUCCCCCCACCCUUGUUCCCCCAUCACCCCUACGGCUUCCCCAGCUACGGGCUGUGCCACAAAAAGAGCGACAGUGUCCCUGAUGUCUCCAAAACCAAUGUGUCCGGUGUCUUCUGGCCCGGAGCAAAGGACGCUCUCUACCCGGCCUUCCCCAUGUUCUGGCCCACAGCUGGCGGGCUCCCCUUACCUCCCUACCCGGGGUCUCCACCCAAACCUCUUCCAGAGCUCCCAGGUGACCAAAGCGACACCACACCCAAAGACACAAUCACCACCAUCACCACAAACACCAACCACCUUCACCCCCAUCAGGAUGGAGGAGGAGAGCGCUGCUCCAGCUCCCAGUCCUCCUCCACCAGGAACGAUGAGGACAAGUCCGGGGACGAGGCCCCCCAGAGGAAGAUCAGCUACAUCUCGGCCUUCAGGCCCGUAGUAAAGGACGUGGAGACCAUCGCCAAACUCUAUGGGACCCGGGACAGCUACGGUACACGUCCUGGAUACCUGUCCCCGGAUUUUAUCAGUGAGAGCUCCAGUUAUAGGUCCAUCUCACCGGACAGAGACAGCGUGGUGGACGACGAGGACGACGACCCCGACGUGGAUGUGGAGUCCAAUCGGGGACAAGACGAGGAGGAGCCGAUCCAGAUCUCACCUGGAGGAGACCACCAAGGCUCCCCUGUUCCGGAGCGGCUCUCCUCCGGUGCUGAGGAGAGCCAGGAGCCGCCGGACGCCGCCUCCAGCCCCGCAGCAGCAUCAGCAUCAUCAGCAUCAUCAUCAUCAUCAUCAUCACCGGAGGACUCCGCACACACCGGGUCAUCGGAUGAGGACAGACGGAUGCGUAAUGGCUCUCCUCUUCAUGAAGUGUACGCGCGUGAAAAGGACGUGCACGUGCUCCUCAACGAGCCCUCGUCGUUUGGGUCGAAACCCUCGAGCAGAUCCAACGGAGUCCAUCACGUGUCUGAAAUACACAACCAACGCACCGCAGCAUCCUACCAGGAGCAAAAGGACAGACAAGCCGAUGGAGCUCUACGCAUCGACAUCAGCCUGCAGGAGAGAGAGCUGGAGAACAUGGCUAAAGAGGAAUUGCAGAAGCAGCUUGCGGAACAAGUGGAGUUGAGGAAAAAGUUGGAGAGAGAAUUUCAGCAUUUAAAAGAUAAUUUUCAGGAUCAAAUGAAGCGAGAGCUGUCCUACAGAGAGGAAAUGGUCCAGCAGCUGCAGAUUGUUCGAGACACUUUGUGCAGCGAGUUGGACCAAGAGAGAAAGGCUCGUUAUGCAAUACAGCAGAAGCUAAAAGAAGCUCAUGACGCCCUUCACCAUUUCUCCUGUAAGAUGCUCACCCCCCGUCAGUGUACCGGAGCCUGUACCUUCAAACCUCCGCUGCUGCCUCCCUAG